GAGGACACCCUUUUUUCUUUUUACGCUGCAGAAGGAAAGCUGGCAUUUGAGGGUGGAGGUCUUUGCGGCUUUUGCGGCCUGGGCGAACAGACCGUCACCCAAGCACAACUUCCUGCCUGCAGCACAGAGGGUGAUCGACCAGUGUGCCUUCGACAUGGGAGUUCAGGCUGUGAGUUGGGCAAGAUGCCUUGUGUGCGUGAGAGCCGAGCCCCAAGGCCUGGGUGACCACGACAACCUCCACCGGAACGCGGACGACCCUGACAUCGUCACGGACCUCAUCCGUAACAUCAUCUGCGACUUGUCUUUACGUGGUUCUUGCCCCGAAAACCCACAGCGCAGACUUUGCUUGUACAGACGACAACCUACCUGGGACCAACGAGCACUAGCACCACCACGUUCGAGCCUCGGCCGGUCUCUGAGAGAAAAGACGGCGCCCCCCAGUGCCCCGCAGCAGGACUACAAGCGUGACUUUGUCCACAUCAGCCACGGUCACUUCAACAUCCACUGCAACAAUUUCGACCACCUCAAGUUCCACCACCACCAGUACUACGACUCAGGCAAAUGCGAGACUUCACUUGCAAUGCUUUGCAUCGAUGAUGAGUUGCUGAAAGGAGGGUUGAAGUGUGCAGCAGCCCAGGCCCAUGCAGUUGCGGAGCUCUACUUCAGGAACUGUGGCGCAGAUGUUGACAUGGCAUUGGCCAGUGCCAGCAAUCCUGGCGGUUCUUGGCAGGGCAGCCCGCCGGGCAACGCCGUAGAUCUCCGGCUCGAGACGAAGUGGCGGGACAGCAACAGGCGCCCGCUGAUCCUGGCCUCGCCGGAGCUGAUGCCGGUGGAUUCCUACAGCUACGUCACCGGGGAUGACUGCCCCGACAACGACCCCACGGCCUUUGAGUUGCAUGGCUCACAAGACGGUGUCUAUUGGGAGUUCCUGGAUGCUCGGGUCAUGGCAGACCGGCCGCCCGCCUCUUGGCGACCCGCUCAGACCGAAUGGUUCACUUUCAAGAACUGCACCCCGACCACGACGGCCACAAGCUUGACACAAACCUCCCAGACCACGUCUUCGUCAACCGUGUCCAGGACUUUUACGGUAUCGACCAGCAUCAGCCGGACGAGCACAGCGAGCACCACGACGUCGCCGGAGGGUGCCUUCGUGCAGCUGAUUGAAUCUGGCACCUGUGCGCAGCUUUCACUCUUCCCCAUCCUGGGCCCCGCAGAGUGCGAGCAGGCUGCGAGGCAGCUGGAUCUUCCAGACAUAUCUGCACAGAUCACUGCCGAAGCCGACAGGCCCGAGGGAUGCUACUUCUUCGAGGGCCUCUCACUCUGGCUGGGUGUGAGCCCCGCCAGCAAGGGCAAGGGCGCUGAGACCUCCGGCCCCGAAGCCAACAAGACACGGCAUCCCAUCUGCAGCUCAGUCGUGCCGGACAUGCGUGUCGCCACUGGCCUCGCUGGUAACGGAGGUCCGCGAUCGGGACUCUUUGUUGUGGCCAUGCGUGCACAUAAUGUGUGCUAUUCAUGA